AUGGCGUGGGUUCAGCUCCUGCUCUUCUCUCUUCUCUGCUUCGCUCCUCUCUCUACACUCUCUCGCAACGGAAAAUUGUGUGUUUUUCCUUCAGUGCCUGGCAAUGAUGUUGGAGAUGACGACGGUGAUGAGAAGCUCAUUAAAAGAAAUUGUGAUGAUAUUCAGAAAGAGCUGAACCAGAACAUCAAAACUAUUUCAGAAGUGCUCGGCCGGAAUAAGUAUUUGGAGGAGAAGAUUGAAACCGUGCAGGCAGAGUGCUCCGACCUUGAGAAUAGUUAUGAGGAGUUACUAAACACUUGUGGAGAUAAUCCUCCUCCAAAACAGAAGAAGCCUCUGGACAUUAUACUGCUGACUCAGGAAAUCAACAGCAUCAAGGACAGCAUCGCGUCCGAGCCGUCCGAGUCCAAGAGGAAGGAUCUAGAGGAAGCACUGAGGAAGAAGAAGGAACAGCUCGAUGCCUUGAAGAAGGAUGUACACGAUCCAGACAUCAAUAAAAUUCUGGUCAUAAUCUCCAAGCUGGAGGAGAUGAGGAAGCUUCAGAGCCAGGCCCUGGAUGAUGCCACGCUGGAGCAGAUUAAAAAAGAGAAAGACAAAGCGCUCGAUUUGAUCUCCGAGCUGGACGACUCAAACCUGGCCAAACUCGUGCUGAAGAACCUGGUCCUGCUGUCAGACGAGACUCAUCUCAAGAAAAUUAUAUCACAGAUCAAAGAGCAGACGGACAAACAGUUAGCAGAUCUGCAGAAGAACAUAAGGAAGAAGGAGGAGGAGCUGAAGAGGAAAACUGCAGAGCUGGGACAGAAGGACAGUGACGUAGCCAGACUGACCAAAGACAUCGAGAAUUUACGAGAGGACCUGAAGGACCUUAACAAAGAAUUAGAAGACCUGAAGAAUGCGUCAGAAGUAAAGCUCAGAGAACUGGAGAAGGAGCUAGACAAGAGCAGGCAGGAGCAGAAGAAGGUCAACAAAGCUCUGCAAGAGAAGGAUUCAGAGUUAGCAAAGAACGUUAUAAAGUACACGGAGCUCCUCGAGGAACUGAGACAAGCCAAAGAGCAAGCAAACAGGACAAACCUGGAGGCUGACAACAGAAUAAAUGAUCUGGAGAAGAAGCUGAAGAAGGGAGAGGAGGAGAAUCAAAAAUUGCAGAAAGCAGUGAAGGAGUGCGCUGACAUCACGCAGUCUUACAACAAACUGAAGACUGAGUUUGAUAAGGCGGUUUCAGAGCUGAACGAUACACUACUUAAUCAGGUGUUUAACAUCCAGUCCCUCAACCAGGACAUCAAGCAUUUGGAAGAUGAACUCAGUGAAUCAGAAGGAGUCAAUGAGGACCUGCAAGAGAAACUGCGACAGAAGAAAGCAGAUCUCGAGGAGGCCAAAAAACAGAUCAAGGACUUGAAAGGAGAACCUCUGAAACUUGUAAAGUUACUCGAUGACUUGAGAAAGCUGAACAAGGACCAGGAGGAGGACAUCCAGAGGUAUUUAGACAAGAUUAAAAAACUGGAGAAGGAGGCACAGGAGAUGGUGAGACAGCUUGCAGCAGACGGAAACGAGAAAACCAAACUGGCCACCGAGGUGCUUUUCCUAAAAGAGACAGUGGACCAGUUAAAGAAAACCCUUGCAGAAGUUAAGCAAAUAAACCAGGAGCACAUUGAAGGUUUGGAGGACAAGAUAAAAGAGAAGAAUAAAGAGAUCAUAGUUCUGAAAGCGAGCGGCUGUGGAACUGAUGUUUUCAAGAAACAGAUCGCCGAUCUGCAGCAGGACCUGAGGGACAAAGAGCUAGAGCUGAAUAAACUGAAGAUAAAGAACGCUGUGGAGAUCAGGGAGCUGGACAAGCAGCUAGCCGAGAAGAAUCACCUGUUGCAGAAGAGCAAAGCAGAGCUACAGGAGCAGGGAGCAGAAAACGCCAAGCUGAUUGAGAGAUUAGCUGAUCUGAGUGCACAGCUGAACCAAGAGACCGUACAGAGUAGCAAGGACAUUCGUGCGGCACAGAAGCGCAUCACUGACCUUCAGGACGAGCUGAGGAAGAAGGAGAAGGAGAUUGUAAACCUGGAGAAUAAUAACGCAGAUUGUGAAGAGGACCGGAAGAGACAGCAGAAGAAGAUUUCAGCCCUGACUAAUGAAAACACAGAUCUUGAAAAUGAGCUGAGGAAAAAGGAUAAGGAACUUGCAAACCUGAAGAACAGUAAUGCAGACCUUGGAGAACAGCUAAAGAAAAAGGAUAAGGACAUAUCAAUGCUGAAGAACGAUAAUGCAGAUCUUGUAGAGCAGCUGAAGCAAAAGGACAACGCACUUUCAGGGCUGAAUAAUGACAAUGCAGAACUUGUAAAUCUGCUUAAGAGCAAGGACAAGGACCUUUUAAACCUGAAGGAUGUUAAUGCAGACCUUGGGGAACAGCUGAUGAGAAAAACGCAGGAAAAUUUCGACCUGAAGAAUAACAACACGGGACUUAAAGAACAACUGAGGGAAAAUGAGAAUGAGCUUAAAACCCUGAGAAACAACAAUGCAGGUCUAAAGGAUGAGAACCAGCGUCUGCAAAAAGAAGUGACAAGACUGAACAAGGAAGUUAAAGCAAUAGACCAUCUCGAGAAUGAGCUGAAGCAGAAGCAGAAGGAAAUUUCAAAUCUUACUAACACUAAUGCAGAUCUUAACCGGCAGCUGAAGCAAAAGGAGAGGGAGAUUAGAGAGAUGGAAACAGUUUUGCAAAAAGAGAACGAGAGUCUGCGCAAACUGGUGAAUGAACUAAACGACCGGGUCAAUGAAACAAACAAUCUCGAAGAUCAGCUGAAGCGGAAAGUGAAGGAACUUUCAGACCUGAAGAACAAAUUGACAGAUCUGACAGAUGUGAACAAGCGUCUGCAUGGCGAUGUGGUGAAACUGAACAACCGAGUAAAGCAACUGCAGCAAAUUGAUGAUCAGCUGAAAGAAAAAGAGAAGGAAAUUGUGGACCUGAAGAAAAAUACAGCAAGUUUGAUUGAGGAGAAAAAGCGUCUGCAACAAGAAGUGGCCAAACAACAAGAGCAAAUCACUGAGCUGGAGAAGCGGCCACCUCCAGUGAUUCCACCCAUAGUCACCAUCUCGUCUCUGGAAAUUGACGAACGGACCGCUCACAAAAGACUUGAGGUCACCAACAACGGAAAAUCUGUGCGCGGUGUCCAGACGCCGAUAGCCCGACCCGACGAUCCGAGGCGCUACGAUGUAGCGAUUGCGGCUCUCGCAAAAACAGCCUUCACCUCGGGGAAGCAUUACUGGGAGGUGCAGGUGAAAGACAGGUCAUGCUUCGUGGUGGGCGUAGCAUCUGAAAUGGCACCCAGGAAAGGAGUGAUCCUAUACAGACCUAGCAUCGGCUACUUUACCCUACAUAGGCUCAACGGGAAGAACUAUAAACAAAGUGAUAAACCUGAACUGAUCAACUUGGUGGACCAACUCAAUAUCAUCGGGAUCCUCCUUGACUACCAUGCAGGGGAGGUGGCCUUCUAUAACGCUGAGACCAAAGCACUCCUCUUCACGUUCAGCGGAUACCACUUUACGGUAGGGCUGUACCCGUUUGUGGCCACGUGCGGCACAGACAGCCCAAAGGAGUGGCCCAUAGAGCUGCUGGAUACGGCCUUGCCACUGUGGCUCAAAGCAUAAAAAACACACACACACAGCACACAUAUCACUCAUAUAUCUAUACAGCUAUAAAAAUUUAUUACACGGUUUUAACUUGUCCAUAAAUGUCUCAAAUAAAAGACAGUCUUGCUUUCA